AUGAUUUUAUCAAUUUACAUUGUAUUAAGUUCUUUGGUAUUAUGUACCUCAUGGGGAAAUCAGUAUAUAGUCGUAACAGCUGAUAAAGAAGACAGUGAAACACUUUGGCCUUCAGAAACAGAAAUAAACCAAUAUUCUCCAACAUGGGACAGUUUAGAUAGUCGUCCACUUCCAAAUUGGUAUGAUGAUGCAAAAUUUGGUAUUUUUAUACAUUGGGGUGUUUUCAGUGUUCCUAGCUUUGGCUCUGAAUGGUUUUGGUAUAAUUGGCAAGAAGAACAUACUGACACUAAAUAUGAUGACUUUAUGAAACAAAGAUAUCCUCCCAAUUUUACAUAUCAGGACUUUGCUCAUGAGUUUACUGCUGAAUUUUUCAAUGCCACACAGUGGAGUGAAUUGUUUCAAGCUUCAGGUGCAAAAUAUAUUGUAAUGACAAGCAAACAUCAUGAAGGAUAUACAUUAUGGCCUUCAAAAUACUCAUUUAGCUGGAAUUCUGUAGAUGUUGGACCAAGAAAAGAUCUUAUAGGUGAAGUGGCCACAGCAAUAAGAGAUUCAACUAAUUUAAAAUUUGGUGUUUAUCAUUCUAUGUAUGAAUGGUAUAAUCCUCAUUACUUGUCUGAUAAACACAACAAUUUCACGACGCAAAAUUUUGUUAAACAAAAAACAGUCCUUGAAUUACUUGAGUUAAUAGAAAAAUAUAAACCAGAAGUUAUAUGGUCUGAUGGUGAUUGGGAAGCAUCAGAUACUUAUUGGCAAUCAAAAGAAUUUUUAGCUUGGUUAUAUAAUAAAAGCCCCGUGAAGGAUACAGUUGUUGUAAAUGAUAGAUGGGGUAAAAAUAUACCAUGCCAUCACGGCGAUUUUUAUACCUGUACCGAUCGAUUUAAUCCCGGAGUACUUUUACCACACAAAUGGGAAAACUGUAUGACUAUUGACAGAAAAUCUUGGGGAUUUCGUAGGAAUGCUGUUUUAUCAGAAUAUUUUACUUUACCAGAAUUGGUAAAAGAAUUAGCAGUUACUGUAAGUUGUGGAGGAAAUUUAUUAGUGAAUGUGGGACCAACAAAGGAUGGUAUUAUUACCCCAAUAUUUGAAGAGAGACUACGUGGAAUGGGUGAUUGGUUAGAAAUAAAUGGAGAAGCUAUUUAUAGUACCAAACCUUGGAUUGCACAAAAUGAUACUUUAACUAACAAUGUUUGGUAUACACAACAUAAAAAUAAAAAACAAAUUUAUGCAAUAAUUCUUGAGUGGCCAAAUGAUGGCAUAUUACAUUUAGGAUCAUUUAGAGCAACCACUGGCACACAAAUUUCUUUACUUGGAUCUGAGCUAUUACUUGAAUGGACACAAAACGGUAAAAAGUUGACUGUAAAUUUACAAGCAGAAUUUCAUAAGGGGCAACCAGCUUGGGUAUUGAAAAUGAAACAAAAAUAA